UGCAUUUAUUUCCCAUGGAAGCUGUGAAGAAACUUAUCCUCGACACGCCUCUGCUGGCAUGGUUUCCGUUGCUCCUCUUCCCAUUCCUCCUGUUUGUGCAUCGCUGGCUUACGGCCAAGACAGGGAAAGCGCAGCAGCGAGAACACCGUCUCCCGCCCUCGCCGCCGGCUCUGCCCAUCAUCGGGCACCUGCACCUCGUCGGCUCCCUCCCGCACAUCUCCCUCUGCGGCCUCGCCAGGAAGCAUGGUCCCGACCUGAUGCUCCUACACCUCGGCGCCGUGCCGACGCUCGUCGUGUCGUCGCCGCGUGCCGCGGAGGCGGUGCUGCGGACGCACGACCGCGUCUUUGCGUCGCGGCCGCGCUCCGUGGUCGCCGACAUCAUCCUCUACGGCUCGUGCGACGUCGCCUUCGCGCCAUACGGCGAGUACUGGCGGCAGGCGAGGAAGCUCAUGACCACACACCUGUUGAGCGCAAAAAGAGUGCAGUCUUUCCGCGGCGCUAUCACAGAGGAGGUGAGCAUGGCCAUGGCCAAGAUUAACGAGGUAGCAACAACAGGCGGUACGGUGGACAUGAGUGAGCUGCUCUACUCAUUCUCGAAUAAUAUGGCUUGCCGCAUCGUGUCUGGAAAUUUCUUCCUAAAAGAAGGACAGACCAAGCUGUUCCGGGACCUCAUCAACGAUACCUCACAUGUGCUAGGAGGGUUCAACUUGGAGGAAUGCUUCCCGGCUUUGGCUAGAGUAGGAGUGCUGAGGAGGGCAAUUUGUGCUAAGGCUGAGAGAGUGAGGAAUAGAUGGGCCGAUCUGCUGGACAAGGUGAUCAAUGAUCGUGUGAGCAAGAAAAAAUCAAAUUUUGAUCACAAGGAUGCCGAUUUCGUAGAUAUUUUAUUGUCUGUUCAGCAUGAGUAUGAUCUCACAAGAGAGCACAUGAAAGCUCUCCUGACAGAUGUAUUUUUUGCUGCAAUAGAUACAUCAUCUAACACCCUCGAAUUCACCUUGGCUGAGCUCAUGAGGAGGCCAGGCCUGAUGAGGAAACUGCAAGACGAAAUGAGGAGUAUCGUACCACCGGGACAAAAAAUUGUCACUGAAAAUGACAUAAACAACAUGGCGUACUUAAGAGCAGUGAUAAAGGAAUCACUUCGGCUGCAUCCUGUAUCGCCUUUCCUUGCUCCACACCUUGCCAUGGCUGACUGCAACAUCGAUGGAUAUAUGAUUUCUUCUGGGACACGUGUUAUCGUCAAUGCAUGGGCCAUUGGUAGGCACCUGACCUCCUGGGAGGAUGCAGAAGAGUUCAGACCUGAGAGAUUUGUAGAAGGAGGAAACGAUGUGCACGUCAACUUCAAGGGGAAUGAUUUCCAGUUCUUGCCGUUUGGGGCAGGACGAAGGAUAUGCCCUGGUAUAAACAUCGGGCUCACCAAUAUCGAGCUUAUGUUGGCAAACCUCAUAUACAAUUUUGACUGGGAACCAUCACGGGGAGUUGAGAUAAAAGACAUUGAUAUGACAGAGGUGUUUGGGCUAACCAUUCGCCGGAAGGAGAAACUACUGUUAAUUCCAAAAGUACACAUGUAGAAAAAUCACGCAUGUAGCCACGAGAAUUAAAUCUAAGCUCUUUUGUCCUCCUAAA